CCCAACGCAUCCGUUUAGAUAGUCGCUUUAGAGUUAACGUGCAUAACUGUGUAGAUAUCUGUGUCGCAGGCAAAGAGCAAAACGUCACAGAAGCUAUCAAAUACAUGACGAAAUGUUUCUCUAAGGCUUUGACAACAGAAAAGGUGGAGAGCGACGUGGUCAGUCAGCUCUCCCUUAGAAAGAUUGAGACCCUGAGAAAAAAAGCUGAUGCCCGUGACUUGAAAUUUAAAGUGGAAGAUAUUGCUAAUCGUAUUCUGGUUCAAGGUGAAUCUACGGAGGUGAUCAAGAUGGUUGUGGAGAUCAUGAAAGAGUUCGACAAGAUAAAGAAGAAAAAACAGGAUCAUCUGUUAUCUAAAAGUGUGGAAUGGGGCUACGAAAGAAAGGGCAUUAAAAUGGUUUUCAAUCAGUGGGAAAACGCCAUCAUUGAGAUGGCGCACAAUGAAGGAAAAUCAAAAACACGGGUAAUCUUGGCAGGAGAGCAGUUCCUCAUAGAUUUGACGAAAAAUAUUGGACGCGGACAACAGUCAGGAGAUCAAAUAACUCUGACGAGAAAGAUAAAAGGAUUUCCCCUACCAAGACACUGGAAACCAAUGCCCCGACCUGACAUGACUGUGCACACAGUGGUGCUGUUACCAGACUCUUCUGAUUACAAAGAUGUCGAGCGCUAGAUUAACGGUUCUGGAAGAGUAUUAAGAAUUCAGAAGAUUGAACAAGUGCAGAAUCCUCAUCUGUGGCAAGCUUACAUGGUGAGGAAACAAAAAAUUGAGCUGGACUGUGGAGGAAACAGCGAACGACUUCUGUUCCAUGGGACGGAUGCGAAGAACGUCAGCCAUAUAAACGCACAGGGAUUCAACCGAAGCUUCUGUGGAGUCCACGGAAAAAAGUACGGACAGGGUGUAUACUUUGCUAGGGACGCCAAUUACUCUGGUCAUUACACUACGAAUGCUGGUGAUGGCCGCCACAUGUAUCUUGCCCGUGUCCUGGUGGGAAAGUACUGUGCAGGAAAGCAAGACAUGAAGGUGCCCCCACCAAAAGACCCUUCGAGUCCAGAAGUGCUUUAUGAUUCUGUUGUAGAUCAAACAGAAAAUCCCAGCAUAUUUGUAGUUUUUUAUGAUAAUCAAUGUUACCCAGAGUACCAUGUAACCUUUGAGUAUAAUCGACCACACUCUAAUCAGUGAGGCUCACAAGGAGCCCAUUUGCCAACCUGAGAUUGCGCAGAAGCUGCAAUUUCACCCCACAGUUGACAGCAGAAAACGACUUGAGGAUCUUUUUAGGGUCAAACCCGUUUGAAAAUGAUUAACCAGAGAAUACAAAAACCCUACAUUUCAUUUUAAGUUUUAAUGCUUCCAUCUUUAAGCUUUUCAUCUGUGUCAUUGUCAUAUCGUUGCUGUUUUUUCUCAAGAGUUGAAGAUUUGAAUUUUCGCAUCUUAAUAAGCUGGAAGCUUGCCACAUCGCAGUUCCAAUCUCUGAAAAAAAAAAACAAAAAAAGAAAGAAAAUGAAAGUGAAUGUGCCGAUCAAUCAGAAGCUACGAAGUCAUCGUCGCUGAUUUUUGUUUCACAAAAAAGCAAGGAGGGGUAUUUGAACAUAAUUUUUGCCUAAGUGGGAGGAGGAGGGAAUUCGACGUCUAAGGAAAAUAAUGUAGUCCUGAAUAAAAAAACACACCCGCCAAACAUGGUGAAAACUCGUGUUUUUAGAUAUAUUUUUGCUGAAAGAAGAAAAACUCGCAAAUUUUCCUUGUAACAGUUUAAAAUUAACUUUGCAAAUAGUAGACAUAAGCCUUUUCACAAGAGGUGUAAGAAUGAUUAGGGUGUUGUUGUCAAAUCAAAAUUCUUUGACACACAAGUGAAAUUGUUUCUCUAGUUCUGAUUUUAAUUACCCACUGUGAUUUGUGAAUAGCCGAUUAGUUUGCCUCCCCCUCAGUUCAUAUAUUUAACAAUUUGCUUCCUGGCACUUCUUUAUGUCUAGGUAGUUACAAUGUACUCAGUUAGAGCAGAGAAGCUUGAUAUUGUCACUCAAAUAAAGUUAAAGUAGAAGUA